AUGCAUGGCGAUCUGUUCAUUGUUCAUGGAGGGGUUGUCUCAACAUGUGAAGUCAGUUAUCGUGUGUCAGUGCUCGAUAUGCGAACGAAACGUUGGUUCCAUGCGCCACUGCCAGGAUUUCCGACGCCUGAAAAUACCUCGAUUCUGUUUAUCUUUGAUCCAAAGGAUCCAGAAGGAGUUAUGUGGCAAUACAAAUUGAUACCGGGUAUUGGACGUUGGUGGCCGACAGUUGGAAUGUCGCCGCCACCGUCAAACAAGAAUUUUGGUGGCAUUGCAGUCAUGCGUCUUGAUCGUGUUAUUCGAUUAAUAUCUCUAGGAAUGCCUCAAAAAGGUAGCAAGUGGAAUCUCAAGGACAUGGAAUUCCGGGAAUGGUAG